AUGCAGAGUCUUCCUACCCAAGAGCUCGAUCCUCCCUAUACUCUCCUUGCAGGUACUAAAGAGUCUGAACUGAAUAAAGUCUGUGGACAAACUGUGAAAGGAAUCUUUGCUGGCCAGGAGACCAACCUCAAACAGUGGCCGUGGCAGGCGAGCCUGCAGUAUAAGUCUUAUCACUGGUGCGGGGCCACCCUCAUCCAUUCCAGCUGGGUGAUGACAGCUGCUCAUUGCUUCCAGAACCAGGCACACGAUCCCAGUGUUUGGAGGAUUCAACUGGGCUCACACAUAAUUAGGCCACCCAAAUUAAGUGUUGGCCAGCUAUAUUUCCGACGGGUGUCAAAAAUCAUUGUGCACCCCUUGUACUUUGGGUGGCCCCCCAAGGACAUUGCCCUGGCCAAGCUGGAGAUACCAAUCCGCUUCCAGAGGAACAUCCUUCCUAUCUGUCUCCCAACUUCCAUGAAAAAUUUUGAAAAUGUGUCCAUGUGCUGGGUGACAGGUUGGGGAAGAAUAAAAGAAUAUGAAUACCUAAGGAAACCCUGGCACCUCCAAGAGGCAGAACUGCCUCUCAUCGAUCAGAAGACCUGUGACCGGUACUAUCACAUAGGAACAAAUCUUCCCCUUUUUAUAACCAGGAUAUAUGAUGAUAUGCUGUGUGCUGGCUUUGUCCAGGGACAGAAGGACGGCUGCCAGGGAGACUCCGGAGGUCCCUUGGCAUGUAUGGUCAAUGGUAUUUGGCAUCAAGCAGGUAUUGUGAGCUGGGGAGACGGCUGCGGACAACCCUACCGGCCUAGUGUCUUCACCAAUGUCAGUGUGCACACUGGCUGGAUCUUAGAAAUAAUUAACUCGAGCACCGUUAGCAUAAUACCCUCUAAGUUUUUCCUCCUCAUCUCUCUACAACUGUCCCAGGCCUCCCUGAGCCCAUUUCCCUUGUGACCUGCUUAA